CGCAUUUCAAAGUUAUUCGUGGCCAGUCUUCUGUCGGUGAGGGUUGUAUUGUGAAUCAAAAUGAAGUCCCUAGUAUUAGCAGUUGUCAGUUUAUUGACAAUUUAUACAGUUAAUUGUGAAGUGUUCUUCGAAGAGAAGUUCCCUGAUGACUCUUGGGAAUCAAAUUGGGUGUACAGUGAACAUCCCGGGAAGGAGUUCGGCAAGUUCAAGUUGACUGCUGGAAAAUUCUACAACGAUGCGGAAGAAGAUAAAGGUCUGAAGACCUCGGAGGACGCCAGGUUCUAUGCUCUAUCGCGUAAAUUUAAGCCAUUCAGCAACGAAGGCAAGCCUUUAGUUGUGCAGUUCUCAGUCAAACAUGAGCAGGAGAUUGACUGCGGUGGUGGUUACCUGAAGGUAUUCGACUGCAAGCUUGACCAGAAAGACAUGCACGGAGAGUCCCCCUAUGAGAUCAUGUUUGGCCCUGACAUUUGCGGUCCAGGCACCAAGAAGGUACAUGUGAUCUUCAGCUACAAAGGCAAGAACCAUUUGAUCAAAAAGGACAUCCGCUGCAAGGAUGAUGUCUACACCCACUUGUAUACACUCAUCGUUAAGCCUGACAACACCUAUGAGGUGCUCAUUGAUAAUGAGAAGGUUGAGUCUGGUGAACUGGAGGCUGACUGGGACUUCCUGCCACCCAAGAAGAUCAAGGACCCAGAGGCGAAGAAACCCGAAGACUGGGACGACAAACCGACCAUCGCCGACCCCGAUGACACUAAGCCCGAGGACUGGGACAAACCUGAGCACAUCCCCGACCCGGACGCCACCAAACCUGAGGAUUGGGACGAUGAGAUGGACGGAGAAUGGGAGCCCCCUAUGAUCGACAACCCUGAGUACAAGGGCGUCUGGGCACCGAAACAGAUUGACAACCCAGCAUACAAGGGCCCUUGGGUUCACCCAGAGAUCGACAAUCCCGAAUACACUCCCGAUGCUAACAUUUACAAACGCGACGAACUCUGCGCAGUCGGUCUAGACUUGUGGCAAGUCAAAUCCGGCACCAUCUUCGACAACUUCCUGUUCACUGAUGACAUCGAAGCGGCUAAGGAGAGGGGAGAGGCGAUCAAGAAGACCCAAGAGGGAGAGAAGAAAAUGAAGAAUGAGCAGGAUGAGGUUGAGAGAGCGAAAGAGAAGGCGGAAAAGCCUGAUGAUGAAGAUGAUGAAGAUCUAGAUGAUGAGGCGGGCGACGCGGCGCCUGUUGAGGAUCACGACGAACUGUAAACGCGUGUGCGUGAGUGCAGAGACAAUAAGUGCCGUGUGUGCGUGUGCGAGCGAGAUGGCGAGCUACGUGUGAUGUAGAUGCAAGAUUUUAGUUACGCGCAGUCGUGUGUUCCAUUCUCUUCUAUAUUCAAAUAAGUUGCGGGGGUGUCCGCUCGAAAUAUUCCAAUGUUCGGACGCCACGCGACUGUCGUCCGGACAGUACUGAGUUUGUGUGUACAUACGGUUUAAAUUGCCACGGCACGGUUACGCGUACAUGUGAUGCGACGUUCCAUUUACGGUCUAGUUUUUUUUUUU